AUGCGAGUCACUAGCGAUGCUGAAACCUAUGACUAUAACUCCUUUGUCAACAUUGCUUACUCUCACUUUGAAUUCGAGAUUCCACCCAAUAUGUUGCAACCUUUCUCUGAAGACGACUCCUGCUUUAACGGAGUGCCCAAGAUCAGGCAAAUAAUUGCCAGUGAUCUUCCAUUGACAACAUUGGACAGUGAACCUCGCUGCGUCGCA